GCCACCUGCUCUGCUAUGCUCUGCUCCCCUCUUCACACUGAAAUAGUUUACGCAACAUUCUCCUCUCUCUCUCUCCUCGCCUCCUCUGCUGCUGCGCCUGGCUCUGGCGGCGUCUGCUUCCCUUGCUCGGCUCGGCUCUUGCUGGGCUACGCCUCCUUCCUUUACUUCAACUGCUCCCACUCCCCAUCCAACUCAAUUCCUCCACCUCCACUUCAUCCCCAUGUGGGGGUGAGCGUUGCCGAAGCGAGCGGCGGCGGCGGCGGCGGCACACCAUGGCUCCAUGAAUUCGCAGCCAUUCUCCGCGACAAGCAGGAAUCUGGGCGUGGUCGGUCGAGCUGGUGAUUUGGCACCGGAGCCGUUUGGGCAUGACGAGGCGUUGGGCGGCGCCGGCGCCCAGCCUCCUCCCGGUGCUCCUCGCCUUGCAGUGCGGGGUGGUGCUCCUGCAAUGCUCCGCCGCGUCUGCCAUGGGCGGCGAUGUGUCGGCGCUCAUGGCAUUCAAACGCGCAAUCAUCGAGGACCCUCACUCCGUGCUCUCGGACUGGACUGAUGCGGACGGGAACACCUGCGACUGGCACGGUGUGAUCUGCUCCGCGCCGCAGGGCUCCGUGAUCUCUCUGAAGCUGUCGAACUCAUCUCUAAAGGGAUUCAUCGCACCGGCACUUGGACAACUUAGUUUCUUGCAAGAGCUGUAUUUGGAUCAUAACCUGCUUUUUGGCACAAUCCCAAAACAAAUAGGCACAUUGAGGAACCUGAGGGUUUUGGAUUUGAGCAUUAAUCGGCUCACUGGCCCUAUCCCUUCCGAGUUAGGUGGCUUGAGUAGCGUAAGCGUAAUAAAUUUCCAUUCCAAUGGGUUGACCGGGAAUAUACCACCAGAGCUGGGUAAACUGCAGAAUCUCGUUGAGCUGAGGUUGGAUAGGAAUAGACUGAAGGGAUCAAUUCCGGGAAGCACCACUGCCGCGUUUUCUCCUACUGCAAGUAGUGGAUCCACAGAUCACAAUGGACUGUGCCCUUCUCCUCAAUUAUAUGUUGGGGAUUUCUCUUACAAUUUUCUUGUCGGAAAAAUCCCGCCUUGCUUGAAGUAUCUCCCAAGGUCAAGUUUCCAAGGGAACUGCUUCCAGGAUGAGUACCCUAUCCAACAAAGAGCUUUUCAAAUUUGUAUAAGUGGUUCUACUGACCAGCGAGGUGGCCUAAAUGGAUUCAAACAUCCAACUUCUGGACAUAAGCAUGAAAGAGCACAGCAACCAACUUGGCUUCUUGUUUUAGAAAUUGUAACUGGUGUUCUUCUUGUUGUUUUUGUGAUCACUGGUAUUGUUACUGCUUCUAUAAGCUGCUGCAAGUUGAAGCCUUCUAUAAGAAUAUCUUCAUGGAAUAGAUCAAAAAGUUGGAGCGAUGAGAUAACAGUGUUGAUUGAUUCUGAUAUGCUGAAAAGUUUGCCAAAAUUAAGUCGCCAGGAGCUGGAAGUAGCCUGUGAGGAUUUUAGCAACAUUAUUGGUUCAUCUCCUGAGACUGUAGUCUACAAAGGAACCAUGAAGGAUGGGCCUGAAGUUUCUGUCAUAUCAUUAUGCGCCUUUGAAGGUCAUUGGACUAGCCACCAUGAACUCUUUUACCAAAACAAGGUUAUUGAUCUGGCAAGGUUGAAUCAUGAGAACAUAGCAAAGUUUCUAGGCUAUUGCAGAGAAAGUGAUCCAUUCUCUAGGAUGCUAGUCUUCGAGUACGCAUCAAAUGGGACCCUAUAUGAGCAUCUACAUUAUGGGGAAGGGGCCCAGUUAUCUUGGCUCAGGCGAAUGAAAAUAGCCAUUGGUAUCGCCCAAGGUCUAAGGUACUUGCAUACUGAGUUGCAGCCCCCAUUUGCUAUAUCUGAGUUGAAUUCCAAUUCCGUGUACGUAACAGAAGAUUUUAAUCCAAAGCUGGUUGAUUUUGAAUGCUGGAAAAUGAUGUUCUCAGAACAUGAGAAGGCUCCCGGCCACUUCAAUAGAAAAGCCUCUUUCCCUGGUCAUGGGGAUUCUUCAGAGGAUAAACAUGCAGAUAUCCAAGGCAACACAUUUGCUUAUGGAGUGAUUUUACUGGAGAUUAUCAGUGGACGGCUUCCUUAUUGCAAGGAUAAAGGAUAUUUGAUUGACUGGGCUAUCAAGUACCUCCAGCAACCAGAGGAGAUUGGGAAGCUAGUCGACCCCGAACUGACCCAUGUGAGGAUUGAGGACCUUGCAGUCCUUUGCAGCGUGGUGAGCCGCUGCAUCGACCCUGACCCUUCCAAGAGACCGUCGAUGCAGAUCAUCACAGGCGUGCUGGAGAACGGGAUUGACUUGUCCGCAGCCGCCAUCCUCAAGGAGUCUUCUCUAGCAUGGGCCGAGCUUGCCUUGGCAUUGUAACAUACCUUCCAUCCUGCAAAUUCAUCGUCAUGCACACUAAUAUUAAUCACGGUUGUCGCUAGACGUAUAUAGGGCUAUGGCGAACGAGCAGGCAUUUUGCUGCUCAGUUUCGCUCUAUGAAACUGAUGUUUUUACUGAUAAAUGAUCUAUAAUAUAAUCGAGUGCGGGAGGCA